CAGCGCUCAAUGCUGUAUUUUUGGGAUUGUUGUUGUUUUAACAUCGGCAUUUUYUUGUGAUGCUUUCAUUAUGAACUAGARCUGAGGCCUGAGCUGGGGGRCAAUCAGAAGUUAUUCWCUGAAAAKCAGCUGUCAUGCGACGGUAAUUUAUACAUACAACAAGCACGAUGGAAGACAAAAGAAAUUCAUUAAUUCAAGACAGCGACGUUCAAGCUGCCAGUAGACAGCUCCAGUUUGAUUGCAAGACGUCUUGGUUUGCCUGCGUUUGUGCUUCGCUKGCAAGUAUUAUURCAGUUGGUACAWGUUUGGCUUAUGGAAUUCUUUUCCCAAAGAUAUUAGUAGAAUUUCAAGCUGGAAAAGCGACAACAGCUCUCCCAGGKUCGCUUUCAAUUGCAGUUUACACAAUCCUGUGCCCAGUGGCAUCAUUGUUCUUCAACCGCUUUGGUGGCCGAGCAGUAUUUUCGUGCGGAGGCUUAUUAAGUUCACUAGGUCUUCUGGGAUCAUCGUUUGCCCCCAAUCUCUCUGUGCUCUGCUUCACAUAUGGUGUUCUUGUAGGUUGUGGGACAAGUCUGAUUUACAUGGCUGGCUUUCAAAUGGUUCCCUUGUAUUUCGACAAGCACCGUUCCGUGGCGACAGGCAUUGUCUCAUCCGGCCCWGCUGCUGGUCUUCUUCUGAUUUGCCCAAUAACGCAAGCAACUAUAGAACGUUUCGGUUGGAGAAACACCACGCUCAUUUUGUCUGCUAUAAAUCUAGUGAAUUGCAUUCUGGGAUGUGCCAUAACUAGAAGAGUUMACCGUGYAUCAAAKGAAUUGAAAAAGAGAACUAGAUGCGUUCUGUCAAUGAACCUCUCUGCACUAAAAGAUCAUUUAUUAAUUCUUGUGAUCAUCACUUUUGUUAUUCUUAACUUUGGACACUACAUGCCCUAUGUCCAUCUGAUCAAAUUUGCCGAAGACCUGGGAAUAUCAAGUAAAAACUCCUCGUGGAUGUACUCCAUUAUUGGCAUAAUAUCAACCAUGUCAAGAAUAUUCACAGGAAAAAUAGGCGAUAUUGGGCGUGUAUCAUUCUACCACAUCAAUCARAUAGGAGCUUUAUUAAUGGCUAUAAACGUCUUUCUAGUAACAUUAGCGUCAAAAGUCAGUCAUCUUUAUGCUUAUGCUGUGAUGCAAGGAAUAUGUGAGGGAAUGUAUUUAACUUCGUCUUAUUGUUUGACAAUGUCUGCCAGUCCUCAGCAAGGUAUUGGUUGGUUAAUGCUCUUUACGUCAAUCCCAAUCUUCAUCAGUCCUCCUCUUGCAGGUUUCAUAGCUGACCAAAGUGGAUCAUAUAUUCCUGCCUUCUACGCAUCUGGCUGUUUCUUUAUCAUGGCUUUCUUGUGUUCAUAUUUACGUCAUUAUUUAAGAAAACCAACCGAACCUCUGCGCUCUGAACUAGUGUGUAUGGCAAACUCAAAGACACUCUUAGUUGUUGAAAGRGAAACAGUUGUUUGAUUUGUUCUCGUAAUAGUAAUUAUGAACAUCUAAAAUAUGUAUUUUUGUUACUGCUAAAAUUAUAYACAAAUAAAAAGCUACUGUUAUUUUCA